GCCCCUGUGUCUCAGACGGACUGAUUUCUAUCUCACUUGUUCAUUAGCAGGACCUUUGGAUGGUUUAAAUCCUCAGAGGCCCCCUCACUUAUCAGUUAGUGACGAGUUUCGCCCGGCAGCGCCUUCGGGAUCAGCUCCAGCACACCAGUGAGUAAAAAAGAAAUAAAAAAUUUAAAAAAUAAAGUUUCAAACGCCCGCAGCAAAUGAUGAGGAUGCAUCCCAGUUCCACGACCUCCACCCCGUUCUCUGUUAAGGACAUUUUGAAGUUGGACUACCACCAGAACGAGUAUGAAAAUGAUCUUCCGAUGAUGGACCAAGUUGUUCCGAUGCGUCAACAUCAGCUGAUGCGCGCUGCCUCCAAAAGCGACGGGUUUUAUGACGCUCAGUCUGAGCGGUGCGUUUAUGGGAUGCAGGAGAAGAUCGCCGUUCACAGAUCAGCAGCAGAGGAGGAGAUGAAUGAAAAAGACAAGUGCGGCCCCGGCUCUUCGCCUGUCUGUGACAGUGACGCUAAAAGCAGAAGCAGGCUGCGCCGGAAGCCCCGGGUCCUCUUCUCUCAGUCCCAGGUGUCCCAGCUGGAGAGGCGCUUCAGGCAGCAGCGCUACCUGUCCGCCCCGGAGAGAGAGCACCUGGCCGAGACUCUCAAACUCACCUCCACCCAGGUCAAAAUCUGGUUUCAGAACCGGCGGUACAAGUGCAAGCGUCAGACGCAGGACAGGUCCCUAGAGCUGGCCGGGUUCCCACCCGCACCGAGGCGGAUAGCGGUGCCAGUGCUGGUGCGGGACGGGCAGCUGUGUGGCGCAGGUCCCUGCCAUUCUGGGCCUUACAGCGUAACUCUGGGACACUACAGCCCCGUGUUUGACAGCGGAAACAGCGACCUGUACGGCUGCAGGUACCACUGCGUGUCCAGCUGCAGCGGCCAGCUGUCGGAUUCAGCUGACUCUGCUCCGCCAGCUUCAGGCUUCUUUACUGGGUGUUAG